AUGUACACUGCCCUCUCAACAAAAACAUCAGGGACUUUGGGGGGUUCUGCUUUGCAGAGUGGGAUGGAAAUUGGGUUAGGAAGCCAUAGGCGGGAUGGAAAUUGGGUUAGGAAGCCAUGUACACAGCCUUCUCAACAUCAAUAUCAGAGACUUUGGGGGGCACUUCAUCUCUUGUGGGAAGGAAAUUGGGUUUGGAAGCCAUGUACACUGCCUUCUCAACUCUUUGAAUGGGACUUUGGGGGGUUCUGCCUAGCAGAGUGGGAUGGAAAUUGGGUUUGGAAGCCAUUUACACUGCCAUCUCAACUCUUUCAAUGGGACUUUGGGGGGUUCUGCAUUGCAGAGUGGGAUGGAAUGUGGUUUGGAAGCCAUUUGCAGCUCUUUCAACAUGAACAUCAGGAGAGCUGGUCAUCAAUUGCCGCUCGAAGAGACUUGGCUGGGGUACUCUUAUGGGAUGGAAUUUGGUUGGAUACAAACAAUUCCUACGUAUCACAACAAUUGGCGUAG